AGGAAAGUUCCUUUCUGGGUUUGCAGCAUGUAAAUCAGAGAUUGGUGGGUGGGACUGAGGUGUGCUCCGGUGCAUAAAUACAGGCCGGGCUGAGCUGGCACACUAGGAAGCUUGGACGCAUCAAGGCCACCUGGCUCGCACAGACAGGUUUGCCAUGGAGAAGAUUUCAGUGUCAACAUUCCUCCUCCUUGUGGCCCUCUCCUACACCCUGGCCAAAGAUACCACAGUCAAACCGGGGGCUAAGAAGGACAGCAAGGACACAAAGGUCUCUCCCCCCAAACUGCCCCAGACCCUCUCCAGAGGUUGGGGUGAUCAGCUCAUCUGGACCCAGACAUACGAGGAAGCUUUGUACAAAUCCAAGUCAAGCAACAAACCCUUGAUGAUUAUUCAUCACCUGGAUGAAUGCCCACACAGUCAAGCUUUAAAGAAAGUGUUUGCUGAAAAUAAAGAAAUCCAGAAAUUGGCAGAGCAGUUCAUCCUCCUCAAUCUAGUUUAUGAAACAACUGACAAGCACCUUUCUCCUGACGGCCAGUAUGUCCCCAGGAUCAUGUUUAUUGACCCAUCCCUGACAGUUAGAGCCGACAUCACUGGAAGAUACUCAAAUCGCCUCUAUGCUUAUGAACCUUCGGACGCAGCUCUGCUUGUUGACAACAUGAAGAAAGCACUCAAGUUGCUGAAGACUGAAUUGUAGAGAAAAAACAAAAUUUGCAAGCUCAUCCCUCUGUUUCUAGCCAUGACCUGGAACCAGAGGGGAUUUCGGAAGACCCUGCAGAAGGCAGGAGCGCAGUGGGCAUGAUCAUUGGGUUAUGUUUAAUGUUACAACAGCUAUUUUUUAAAAUUUGUUUUCAAGUAUACAUGUAUGAAAACAAUAUUGUGUACUACCAUAGCAAGCCAUACUUUUUAAAAAAAAUAAAUCCUUCGGGAGUGUUAAACUGUU